ACUUGCGGUGUAUACGCUCGAUCUGAUGUUAGCGUGGUUCGUCUAUACACAGUCCCUGCCUGUCGAACAUGAUGUCUGGUCGCUGUGUAGAUGAAUUGAGUCGCGUUGAAGUCAAGUUUGGGCGCGUCGCGAAUUAUAUCACGUGGGCUGUUGCUGCACUGCUACUACUGCUACUGCUGCUACUGCUGCUACUGCUGCUACUGCUGAAUGUUGCUAGAAUGCUAAUCUGAAUGCCAAGUAAGCUCAAGCUCUCAUCAUGAAUGGAGAGGAAAAAGUCAAGCCUUCAAGCUUGUCCAUCUCUGCUCUUAUAAACCACCCGAAUGCCUCUGCCAAUGCAGUGAGGCCAGGGCUGAGAGACAUUCCGCCCGUGACACUCUCACCAGUUCCUCAAGCUACAAGUGCAGACUUUCAGCACUACAUACAGCAGAUUGCGCGUGAGUAUGAAGAUUUUACCUUGGCUAAACAAGCGGGUCUCAAGCAGCAUCUCGCACAUGAGAAUCGCUCCCUCAGAAGGCCAAGGACCAGUUCGCUGGCGACAGGCACUGAACUCCUCGAAGCCAAUGUCGCUCAUCAAAUUCCAAAGUCUAUGGCCUAUGAAUCCUCGCGCACCUCUAUGGAUGAUCGAGGGUCUGUGCUCUCUGGCUCUCCCACAAGCGAAAAGAGUGGAUUCAGCAUAGACGAACAGCCUGCACUCUCGCAAAUCUUCUUUGACCCCGAGUUUGAACUGAAAAAUCCUCGUACAUUUGAUCUCGUUUGUACCAAUGCACAAGUCAAAGUCCAUCACGAAGGUGGCGCAACAAAAGUAUCGCUGAGUGGCAGCUCGAGAUUGCAAGAAAAGCUCUCGUUAGCUAUGGAUGCGGUAGAAACGGAUCUCGUUGAAGAGAUUGCUGCAACAGGGCCGGCCAUCUUUGAAGCAAUCCAGAACCUCGGCUCGCUUGCUGAACAAACUGCACGAUGCACCGAGCACCUCGAUGACUUGCGAGCUGAAUUCCAAGGACUCGGCCAUGAUAAUACAGAUGCAGCCAUUCAACUUGCCAAGAUGAAGACGGAACACCAAAAUGUGCAAUCCCUCAGACAAGCAACGCAAACGCUCUCCAUCAUGUCGCAGCACUACGCUGCAGCCAUGAGUGAAUCGAGCCAUCUUUCCGCUGCACUAGAUACAAUGAAGGAGUUUGACGCGUGCUGCGCUGCGAAUCCUGCAUUAGCACAAACGGCCGUGGUAAAAACCAUGAAGGCUGCCCUGGUUGUGCAGCGAGAACGUGCCUCUGAACGCCACGCUCAGUCGGGUACUGCUGCGCUGCUGGAUAUACUUGGGGAGAGCAUCCAAGCUUACAACCUUGAAACACUCGAAAGGGAACUUUCGCGCAAGCAUUUGCCGCGAUGGCAAGGGAUCCGUGGUGAUGCUGUUGCCGCAACGGAGUCAAGACCAGAUACGCGAACGCGUCUCAUGAGCAGACUGCAAGACUUACAGUCCAUGUCCUUGCUUGAGCCUGUAUUUGCCGGGUAUCGUGAAGCACUCAACAAGCAAGUCAAAUCGUUGGCGAAACGACACUUGCCUAGUGGCGAUGACACAGAGUCGCUUGCGAGUAGUCGCACUGCAAGGCGAUCUACUGCAGACAAAUCGGCGAGUCUUGCCAAAGCACUACGAUCCAUGACAACGGAAGAAUUCAACCUGUUGCUAUGCAAUGUCUUUCUCGAGACUUCAAGAUUUCUGAGGAGUGUGGUUGAGCAGCAAAAAGUACUCAUUGACUUUGUUGCUUCUGCUGAUCUGGAUGCAGUGGUGCAAUCACGCUUAUUUAUGCAAGAUUUGGCGCCCUCCUUGGCAGAUCUCUCACAGCGCCGUAUUGUCAAGGUGUUGCAAGUGAGAACGGCAGAAACGCUGCGUGCAUCGUUACUGGAUUUUGUGCGGUACUAUGAGCUCAAUUACCUCUUUGCAGCAGAGUGCGAGACGUAUGCGGCGACCUCUCGAACGAACCACAGUGAGUUGCUUCAAUCACAAGCACGGGACUGGUUCGGGGAAGUGAGCAGGCAGCAGGUUGCGAUAUUGACAGCGGCGCUUGAAACGGACAAUUGGCAGCCUGGGAGUGUCCCUCUAUCAGCACAGCAAUGCGUUGAUUUGCUACAAGAAGUGUAUCCUGGCAGUAAAGCGCAAUGGCUGCAAUUGGCGUUGACGGGAGACGAAGCAGCAUCGGUGAGCAAACACGUCAUGCUCGCUGAUCAACGCUACAUGGUUCCAGCGAGUACCGUGACGCUCUUGCUCGAUGUACGCUUGCAUAUUCUUCUACUCUUGCGUAUGCCUGUCAUUCGCAACGAUGCGCUCGCGAGUCUUGCUGCUCAUGUACGGUUGUACAACGACCAGACCUGGCUAUUGAUUCUCGGUGCCGGUGCUACAAAGACAGCGGGUCUUGAACGCAUUACUGCAAAACACCUUGCGAUUGCCUCGCAAGCCAUUUCCUUGGUCAGUGGUGUCGUGUCACGGCUGCGGGUCUUUGCAGAGGGUGUCCUUGGUCCGUCUGGUUUGGCGGUCAAGUCAUUGAGAGAGCUGGAAGGUGUGUAUGCUGGGCACCGUGAGGAAUUGCUCGAGAAGCUGAUUACCAUUAUGAAUGAUCGAACACGGGCACUGUCCACGGUCCUGACGGGAUUAGAUCUCGAGUCAGGUUCAGGCGAUGCUGCAAAUGAGUACAUGGUGACCUUGGUCAAGGAUACGACCAUCUUGUUUAAAGUGCUCAGCAAGUUUCUGGACAGUGCGUCGCUGCAGCGCAUCAUGUCGGAUGUCGUUGCAUUUGCUGAGAUGCAUCUUGCAGCAGUAAUCAAGGGCAAGAUGGAGGGCGGUUCGGCGAAAGCUGCACAGGUCAUUGCCGUGGAUAAGGCGUACUAUCUGAGCAAGAUUGGCGCGUUGCCUGGUCUUUUGGAGAUGCUACAGGCGCCAUUGGGGCAGACGCUGGGAGUGCCGGAGGAUUUAUCGGAGGAGGGUGUUGCUGCUCCAUCAGAAACUGUGGUCAUGGAAUUUGGGGAUGCAGCUGCGAAUGUCUCACCAAUACCAGAGAGUAUACGUGAUGACGAGCAGAUAGAGAAGCAAGAGUGAAGCAGGUGAUGGCAUUGAUCUACAGUGGACUGUUGCAGCUUGUUACUUGAUGAGAUCCUCCUUGAGGGAGAUGCCGAGCUCCUCACGGAGUGGCUUGAGUUCUUCUAGGUACUGUGCGUACUGUCCCUUGUUUUCAACCUUUUGCUUGAUGCCCUCGAAGAUGCGGACAGAGGUAGCAAAGUCAUUGACUCGCCUGGAUGCGCGCAAUGCCUGCUCAAUCACACCGGGUGAGGGUACGAGAUCAUAGGCGAAGCAGUUGUUGAGACCGCGCUGGAGUUCAAAGAGAUCUUCC